AUGAGCAGCCAUAUCAAUGCCGCUGAUCUUUGGGCUAAGGGGAAUGCAGAGCAAUGGCACUUCAGAUGUUGGAGAUCAACAGGACUGGGGAUUGCUCGAGAAUGUGAGCUGGACUAUCGCCGCAGAGCAGCUGCUUCUGGCGAUGUCGAUGCCAUGCUUGAUGUAGCUGAUGCUUACCUGUCGAGCGAUGAGACGACUUUGGCGUACCAGUGGGCAAGCUUGGCAAGCACCAGCGGAAGCAUUCGAGCCAACUUCAGUGUGGCAUAUCUGAAGCAACACGGAGUCGGAACGGUGCAGGAUGUCGACGGUGCUUGCAAGACUUAUUGCUCUCUCUUGCAUCUUGACACAGAGCCACUGCUUGUUCGAGGCAUGGUGCUCUUUCAAAUCGCGCGUUUGAGAGUAGCAACCGGGAUGGAAUGCUGCGAAGCUGCUGAGCACUCCCUGCGAUGGGUUAGCCAUUGGGCCGCUGUCUUUGGACUUCUACUGAGUGUUGGUGCCACAAGCUCCUUUUUCUAG